GUUCACAACCAUCACCCCUACUUACUACAUGAGUAUAUACCACAAUAGAUAUAAGACAGGUAUGGAAAUUCUAACCCCCUCCAAAAGAACGGAAUGGCUACUACAAUACUAAUCCAUCCCUUCCCCGCUGCUACUACUACUACUAUAUACCCCUCAAGCAUCGCAUCAACUCUACUACUACUACUACUACUAGGAUACACACCCCCACCACCUCACUUCCAUUUAUUACUCAGUUCCACCGCUCACCAAGUCACCACCAAAAAGGAUCCUCCGCAAAAUCCUCACCCUUGGGCAUGCACCCACAAUUCACUCCAACCGAAAUCAAUUCUUCGGCUACCACCUUGUUCCUCCUUACACGAAACGGCAUUCACCAUUUUCUCCAACAUCGAAAACAAAUUAAACACUCGACUUCCCGAUGAUACUCAUCUCCGCGGUCACAGUGUAAGAAAUGACUGGAGGCGACUGAGGUGGUUGGGACAGGCGAGUGUGGGGAGUGUUAUAGAUCACUUUCUCUGUACUUCCCAAUCUACAUUCUCAUAUUAAUGGAAAUUUCACAAUAACGGAUUCUAUUUUGACGAAAUAUUAAUGGAAAAAAAUCCAAUCUAUGAGAUAAUAGUCUGUUGGAGGGAAUGUGCCGUUGUCUUUCUGGUAGGAGGGACGGGACACACAUAGUAUAUAAAAGGUCUACCUUCAUAAGUGUAGUACCUGGAGGGUAUAUCGUGAAGCCAGUUAUGCUUCUCUUAUGAAGUGACGCAUGCUGUUCGAUGAGUAUUAUUGGCAAAUAAUGACAAGGUUAAUUCUGUCCUAGCUAAAUAGUACUCGACGGCGAGAUAUAUAUAGAUAUUUAGAGUAGAGUACUGUGGUGGUGGUGGUGAGGUUAUUACAACUAUUCUACAACUAUGCUACAACUAUGUUGCGAUGGUGU